UGAAACCACAGCUUCCAGGCUAUCUCCCGUCUAACACGCAGACAGUUCAAGUCAUGAGAAGGAAGAAGAGGAAAACCUGAAACAGAGAGAGCUGGCCAGGAGCUGCCGAAGACCCAUGCAAAUAAGACCCGCCCACAACUGCCUGGAAACCAAGCCACAAGCGAGCACAGGGCACACGCUGCAGGGCGCGGGGAGAAGGUGGAGGAGGCUCUGAGCGAGCAGGACAUCUCCCGCCAGGCCUCCCGGCAUCUGGUCUGAGGAUGGCUGAGCAGAAGGGCCGGGAGCCUGAGGCUGAGUGCCCUGUCUGUUGGAACCCCUUCAACAACACAUUCCACACCCCCAAAGUGCUGGACUGCUGCCACUCCUUCUGCGUGGAAUGCCUGGCCCACCUCAGCCUGGUGACUCCGGCCCAGCGCCGGUUGCUGUGUCCGCUCUGUCGCCAGCCCACUGUGCUGGCCUCCGGGCAGCCUGUCACUGACUUGCCCACGGAUACGGCCAUGCUUGCCCUGCUCCGCCUGGAGCCCCACCACGUCAUCCUGCAAGGCCGUCAGCUCUGGCUCAAGGACCAGCCCAAGAGCCGCUACUUCCUGCGCCAGCCCCGGGUCUACACGCUGGACCUAGGUCCCGAACCCUCGAGCCAGACUGGGCCUCCCCAGGACUUGGCCCCUGCCACCAGGCCUAUGCCCGUCCCCAUCCCCAGCCACUACUCUCUGAGGGAGUGUUUCCGCAACCCUCAGUUCCGGAUCUUUGCCUACCUGAUGGCUGUCAUCCUCAGCGUCGCUCUGUUGCUCAUCUUCUCCAUCUUUUGGACCAAGCAGUUCCUUUGGGGAGUGGGGUGAGCGUCUGUUCCGGACAAGGAACCAAGCCUUUCUCAGCUGCUGCUGGGUAUGGGGACUGCAGAGCCCCAUUUGGGGCUGUCUUCCUUUGUAGUAUUGUUCAUUUUUACAAUCCAGGGAUCAGUUGGGCCAUGUGUUUGCUUCUGGAAACAGAAUCCUACUAUACUGAGAACCUCUGAAAGCUCAAGGGCUGGAGAAGGAGGUGAAGAGACCUCUGUGUGUGAACCAUGGAGUCACGGAAGGGGAGAGAAGCAGAUCUGUGGCUACAGAGCUAUGUAGCAAGUUGUGCCAAAGGGCUGGACGACGGUACUCCGGAACCUGACCUGCCCAAAUAGCAAGUUGCAUUUCUCUUUGGAGCUGCUUUGAACUCAGUUUACAUUUUUUUGAAUUGCUCUUUUUAUUAUGUGUUGCUAAAAAAUUUGGAAAGUGAGCUUCAACUCUGUGAGCUAACGUGUGUCUUCAGUUUUCUCUUUGGAUGUCUUACUACGAGUCCCAGUAAAAAUGGUCUGCGUUCAUUCGUUCAUUCACUUACUCAUUCUACAACCAUUUAUUUGGCUGGUGCUG